AUGAUCAGCGGAGGCCCCACUUUGGCGGGACCCUCUAACCGAUCAAUGAAGCAAUGUGUGCAUGCCGCUCACUACCCUCAAGUCUUUGGCAUAGAAGCCGAUCGGCACCGCAAGGUGGGUUGGGAGCCCAUUACCUUUUGCGAAGAAGAGGAAAAAGGGAUCAUUUACCCCCACGAUGACUCGAUGAUAAUUCAGGCCGAAAUCGCCGAUUACGAUGCAGGUCGGGUACUGAUCGACACUGGAAGUUCGGUAAAUGUGAUUUUUGCUGAUGCCUUCAGAGGAUUGGGAAUUGCCGACAGCAUGAUCAAUCGACAAAUAACGCCUCUACUCAGUUUUUCUGGGGAUCUGGUCCAGCCAGUCGGCAGUAUCAAUCUUCCCAUCGCCUUCGGCGUUGCCCCUAGAAUAACGAUGACAUAUGACCAAUUCCUCAUCGUCGACUGCCUAACGGCAUACAACGUCAUCGUAGGACGGACGACACUCACCAGAGUCAAAGCCCAUUUGUCCCCCCACAUGUUGCUGAUGAAAUUCCCUACCCGUAACGGUACUGGCUUUAUCCGAGGAGACCAGCUCAGUGCACGGACGUGCUAUGCGACUGCUCUGAAAUCGGUAGCUUGCAAGCCUCCAAUAGAGGCCAUGCCUGUGCAGGGACUACUGAACGGUAGCGGGCCUAUAGACGACCCAAGAGAGGAAACGCGAACGCCGGUAGCGCAACCUGCCGAAGAACUCGAAACAGUAAUCCUGAAUGAGGAAUAUCCCCAUCGAUGUGUAAAGAUCGGCACCACCCUAGAUCCUGACCUACGAACGCAGUUCAUUGACUUCUUACGGCAUCACGCGGAGGUCUUCGCCUGGUCUUACGAUGAUAUGUCCGGCAUAUCACCUGAAAGAUGCCCGGCAUAUCAUACGAACGACAUUCAGGUGACGACUCGUAUGAUAUGCCGGGCAUCUUUCAGGUGA